GGCCGCCUCAUCUGCGAGCUCUUCGAGGACGUCGUGCCGCGGACGGCGAAGAACUUCCUGUCGCUGAUCACGGGCGAGAAGGGCGACGGCCUCGAGCUCGCGGGGACCGUGUUCCACCGCGUCGAGCCCGGCGUCGCGGUCACGGGCGGCGACGUCGACCGCGGCGACGGCUCGGGGGGGCGGUCCAUCUACGGCCGCGACUUCGAGGACGAGAACCACACGCUGAAGCACACGAACGCGGGCGUGCUCACGAUGCACAGCCGGCGGCCGAAUUCCAACAACUCCCAGUUCCAGAUCCUGUUGGACGAGCGGCCCGAGCUCGACGGCCGCCAGGUCGUCUUCGGCCGCCUGGUCGACGGCUUCGCGAUCCUACGCGAGGUCGAGAAGCUCGGCACGGCGACGGGCGCGCCCAAGGAGCUGGCGAAGAUCGCGCGGUGCGGCGUCUGCAAG